GUCAUGGCUCAUGGCCAUGGCAUUCGCGUCGCGUGAAUCAAAAUCGUAUCACUUGUGAAAUUUGUUUAAAUAUCGUAAUAAUGGUGGUCACAUAUCAUUACCAAGACAUGUUCGAUGAAGCAUUGAAAGCUGAGAGUAUUACUUUACCUGCAUGUAAAGAUUCUGGCUUAAAACUGGAGUAUUUGGAGAUUGAAACAUGCGAUGUUACCGAGCCUGUUUAUAAGGAAACGCCACCUUUGCCCUUUGCGCGUUCAAAAGUAUAUCAAGCUCAAAUAUUGCGUUCCCGUCGCUUAACCUCAGUUAACGCUGACUGCAUGACGGUGUACGAAGUCACGUUUAAUGUAAAGGAAAGUAAUUUUGAGUUCAAAGCUGGAGACACUAUAGGCAUCCUUCCUCAAAAUAGUCCAGAGGAUGUGAAUGCUAUCCUAGAUCAUCUGGGCAUAACACAGGGUGACCAACGCUACAACCUUACUGUGGACAGCAGCUCAAAGACUAAGUUGCCUGGGCAUGUACCUGUGAGAUCCACAUUGAGACAUGUACUUACAUGUUGUUUGGAUUUGAGGGGAGUCUUGAAAAAGCUUCUUCUUCUGGCUAUAUCAAAGCACACUAAAUGUGACACUGAAAGAAAAACUCUAGAAUAUCUAUGCAGCAAGGAAGGUGCAGCGGCAUACACAAAACAUAUAUUGAACAGAGGCAUAUGCAUCUUAGAUAUAUUUACAAUUUUCAAAACAUGUCGCCCACCCAUCAAUUUACUAUUAGCUAACUUGCCCAGGUUACUACCACGACCAUACUCCAUAGUGAACAGUGGAGUGAAAGCUUCAAAUACACUGAAAAUUUGCUUCUCAGUAAUGGCAUUAGAUAACAACAGAAAGGGACUGACAACUGGCUGGUUGGAAUCACAAAUUUUAAAUGAUACAUUUGAAAAAAGAAUGGAAAACUUAAGUAUAACAAAUGACAGUUUAUACAGGGUUCCUAUGUAUGUAAGGAAGAAUAUGGCAGAAUUUUCUUUACCACAUAAUAUUGAAAAUCCCCUACUACUGAUAGCUACUGGCACUGGUAUAGCACCAUUUAUAGGUUUCUUAGAAGAGAGAGAAUUAAUGAAAUCAAAGAAUAGUAAGAUGGGAGAGGUGUGGCUGUUUUUCGGGUGUAGAAAUCCCAAUUUAGAUUAUUUAUAUCAAGAAGAAUUGGAACAGUAUGAAGAUAACUUGACUUUGACAAAACUUGUAACAGCAUUCUCUAGGAUACAAAAUGAGGAAGCCAGACGUAUUCAGGAUGCCUUAAAUGAAAAUGGCAGAGAUGUAGCAAGAUUAAUAGAGCAAGGAGCAUCAGUGUUUGUAUGCGGAGAAGCGAAAACUAUGGUGGCUCAAGUCAAAGAGUGUAUAACUAGCUACUUAGUUGAAUACAGUAGUAAAACUCAAGAUGAGGCUAAGCAGUGUAUAUCUCAAAUGGAAAAGGACAAACAAUAUGUGGUCGAUUUGUGGAGUUAGUGCAAUUUAAUAAAGUGGAUAUUUUUUGUACAUAAAUUAUAUAUUUAUUUAAUA